AUCGUCUGCUUGAAGGAAGUUUUUCAAAUUCAUUAUUCCAUGUUUAUGUAGACAGUGGACAUUUAUCUUUAAAAAAAGACCCCGACUCAGAGCAUGGAAAAGUUGUCAAUAAGUUAAAGUCUUGAGUCUUGUUCAUUAAUUCGUCAUUAACCAGACUUACAUUUCCUUGGGGUGCAUGUAAAACAUCAUAUAUUAUUCAUGAAAGUAAAUAACACAAAGUCAGAAUGCCGAGGAAAGUUAUGUUUUUAGGUUACCAGCUCCAGAAACAAUACUGCAAAACAUAAAACUAAGUUAUACACUUAAAUUUUAAACUAUUAUCUCUGGAAAUAUUGUUCUCAUCGCUGUCGCUGUGCGAGCGGCCAUCUUGCCAAAAAACCUCUCGUUUCAACAUCUGGCGUGGUUCUGUGUGAUUUGGACAACUUCAAGUUACGCCUCCUGCUACACGUUACGCCCCCUUCAAGUUACGCCCCUCUCUGUAUGCUCCAAUUAAUCAUUAUUUUAAAGAAAAAAACUGCACACACGUUGCAAAGAAACAAAAUAAAAACCUUUAUUAAAUGGACUUACAUUAGCCAUCAGAAACUAAUUCCACUGAAACCAAUGUAGCAAAAUAAUGUGGGCGUGGUCUACGUGAAGCUACAUGAAAACUCAUUUUAACUUCCCUUAAACGGCAUCUGAUACAUUUGGAACGGCGACAGAGGAUACAACAGAGUCCAAUAACGAUACAAACAUUUCCGUAUAAUGUCGAAAGCGUUUAAAUCUGUUCUGUGACGAAUCUGUGGAGGUCCAACAUCUGCUGGAAACUCAGGAAGAUCUUUAUAAUCUAUAUCUGAGAUUUCCAGCUCAAUCUGCUGCAGUUAAACAGAAAACUGAACAACAAACUACCGGCUGAACACUGACGGAGCUUCAUAGUCUGGAUGAAUGGACAGAGACUGUGUUACUGUCUGAGUAUCACUACAAUCUCUUACAGGACGAUAAACAGACAGACGUCAGGAGUCAGAGAAGAUGAUCAGAUGAAGACUGAAUAAAGAACAGAACAUCAACAUGUCAACCGCUGACACCACAGUGAUUGUCCUCCACAAUCCUCCUCAUAGGAGAAGACGGAGCAUGCACGAACCUCCUCAGAUGAGGAUUGUUCUUCUGGGUUCGAGCGUGUCAGAAAACAGUCUGGUGGGGAACUUCAUAUUAGGACGAGCAGCGUUUGACAGUGAAGCUCCUCCAGAUGUUGUAGAGAGAGUCGGAGGAAGACUGAAGGACAGACACGUGAUCAUCAUCAACAGUCCUCAGCUGCUCCGGACGAACAUCUCAGAUCAUCAGAUCACACAGACAGUGAGAGAGUGUGUGAAUCUGUCUGAUCCAGGACCUCAUGUGAUCGUUCUGCUCCUCAAACAUGAGCCGUGUUCAGCAGAAGAUCAGGAGCGUGUGGAGAAGGUGCUGCGCUGUUUCUCUGAGAGCGUUUAUCAACACACCAUGGUGCUCAGCACACAAGAGCCCACAGAAACCAGUGACAUCCUACAGAACAUCAUCCAGAAAUGUGCAAACAGACACUUCAGUCUUCAGAGCAGCAGUUCUCCUGAUGGUCUUCUGCAGACGCUUGAGCACAUUGAGAAGAUGAAUGAUGGACGUUAUCUGGACUGUGCUGAAGAUUCACAGUGUUUCAUGAUGGAGCAACAGACCACAGAGAGACUUUCAGAGUGUGUGAAGCUGAAUCUGGUUGUGUGUGGGAGUGACGGCUCAUUAAAAUCCUCCGUAUCAGAGCAGAUCCUGCAGCAGACAGACAGAAGAUCAGACGUGGAGCUUCAUGAUCGUCUGAUUAAUCUGCUGGAGCUUCCAGCUCUGACUGGUCUCUCGGAGGAGGAAGUGAUGCGUCAGACUCUCCGCUGUGUGUCUCUCUGUGAUCCUGGAGUUCAUGCUUUCCUCCUCAUUAUUCCUGACGCUCUGCUCAAUAAUGAAGACAAAGCAGAAAUACAGGAGAUCCAGAGGAUCUUCAGCUCAAGAAUCAACAAACACAUCAUGAUCCUCAUAAAGCAGAGUUCAGAGCGUCAGACAGAAGAACUCAGUGAAGAAACACAGUCUGUCAUUCAGAGGUUUGGAGGACGACAUCAGUUCUUUGGUCUCAAAACACAAGUGUCCACAUUGAUGGAGAACAUCGAGCAGAUGCUGGAAGAAAACAGAGGAGAGUGUUUCUCCACAGAGAUGUUUCUGGAGGCGCAGGUGAAGAAACUGAUGAAAUAUGAAGAGAUGAAGAAGAAAGUUCAUUCACUAGAGACACAUUUACUGUCACAAGGUUCAUCAGAGAAUGAAGAUGAUCUGAGGAUUGUGCUGCUGGGAAAAACUGGAGUCGGGAAAAGUGCAACUGGAAACACAAUCUUAGGAAGAGAAACAUUUACAGCAGAAACAUCUCAUGAGUCUGUGACUAAAGAGAGUCAGAGACAAACAUCUGAAAUCAACAGCAGACGUGUUACUGUGAUCGACACUCCAGGACUGUUUGAUACUGAACUCAGUAACGAGGAGAUCCAGAGAGAAAUCAGACACUGCAUCUCCAUGAUCCUGCCUGGACCACAUGUGUUCUUCAUUGUGCUCAAUCUAGGACGAUUCACUCAAGAAGAAGCAACAGCUGUGAAGAUCAUCCAAGAGACAUUUGGAGAUAAAUCUUUAAUGUACACCAUGGUGCUCUUCACCAGAGGAGAUGACCUGAAGAACAAAACUAUUGAACAGUUUCUGGGAAAACCUGGAUCUCCUCUGAUGAAUCUGAUUGAAGCGUGUGGAAACAGAUAUCAUGUGAUCAAUAAUAAUCAGACUGAAGACCGAACACAGGUGACUGAUCUACUGCAGAAGAUAGACAUCAUGCUGAAAGAAAACGGAGGGAGUUACUACUCGUGUAAGAUGUUCAGACAGAUGGAGAGAGAAAAACAAGAACAACAGAUGAAGAUCCUGAUGGACAGAGUCAGAGAAAGAGAUGAAGAACUCAGAGAAAGAGAAGAACGAUAUAAAAGAGAAAUGAAGGAACAGGAGGAGCACAUGAGAGACGACAUGAAAAGAGAAAGAGAGAUGCUUAAAGAUGAAAUGAUGCAAGAAAAGGAGACUGUAAAGAAAGAAAAAGAAAAUCUACAGAUAGAAAUAGACAGACUGAUGAACAGAAUAGAGAAUGAAAGACAGAAUCAUGACCGUGAGAGAAAGAGAAGAGAAGAAGAGAUUCAUGAGAGAGAAGAGAGAUAUAAAUCACUAAUGAAAGAGAAAGAGGAGAAAGAGAGAGAAAUGCAAAAUAAGAUGAAGAGAGAAAGAGAGAAAUGGGUGAAACAGAAACAAGAGGAAAAUAUGAAAAGAGAAGAAGAGGAUGAGAAAAGAAGAGAGAAAGAACAGAGAGAUUAUGAUGAAUUUAAUAAGAGACUGAAACAAGAGAGAGAACGAAUGGAAAGAGAGAAAAAAGUUCUUCAAUCUAAACAUGAAGAAGAAGAAAACAAGAUGAAGAUGAUGAUGGAGGAAGAACGAGUGAAUCACAAAGAGAGAAAGAGACGGAUAUGUGGAUAUGUGUGUUUCGGGCUCAUUUGUGUUUUUCUGCUGCUCUUCAUCAUCUAUGCAUUCACCAAAAGCCAAGAGCGUGAAUAUCAUGAAAAACUUGUGGCUAAAGCUUUAAAAGAAGCUGAAGCAAAACUAACAUGCAGAUCAAAGCGAGCUCGUGACUGGGGUUACUAUAUUCCUAUUGUUGGAGCAGCUGCUGGAGGAGUUGUUGGUUUUGCUGAAGACAUUGUGCGUGGGAUUUUCAGAUAAUAUGAAGCUUAAGGAUGAGUUCAGUGAAAUUAAGGCCACACAACUUCUCCCUCAUCAUCCAUUUGACACUGAUGUUUGUCAAAGAACUCUUCAUUAUCCUCAAGAAAUGCUUCACGUCAGCAUCCAUCUUCAGGCACCCUAAACCUCUGAGGACUUUCAUCAUGGAGACUGAUAUUUUAACUCUGGAGUACAUUUAAAUAAUAUGUAAGUGCUGUGUAGGGAGUGAAUUUAUUUCCUUAUAAAAUUAAUUCUGAAGCCAAAACUCAGGAACUCUCCCAAAGACAGAUGCCAUGCAAUAAAGCCAUGAAACUAACCUGGGGAAGAGAUCUCCAAAGACAACAAAAGAUCUCCAAAGAGAACAAACAACACCAAACUUAUCUCAUUGAUAAUUUACGACCUCCUUCUUCCCUCUGCCCUCUCUGUCUCUCCUCCCUCACUCUUCUUCCCCAAAAAGCAAGAAUAUCCAUAUGUGUUAUAUUUUGUCAAUGUUGUUUUUCCCCUUUCAUGUUUGGUAUCAUUUUAAAGGUCUCUGUGUGAUUGGUAAACUGGUCUCAAUUACUCAACAGUAGUCACUUAUAUUAUGAGAAAUAUUGAAAACUUGAAUUAACUUUUGUUGUGGGCGGCCUCCUUUCAAAAUCUGAUAAACAUUGCUCUACAGGUGUGACCAUUUGUGUGCGCGAGAACAGCUUCUACAGAAGGCUUCUCAUCCCCCAUACACAGAUCUAAUCUGUGGGGGGCCGAGAAUAAAUGUUUAGGGCCCUUUUGUUCUGGUAGUAUUUAAGGGAAAGUAGCAAAUCAGUCAUUAUGAUUCUGUAGCCAGAAUGAGCCCGUAGUGUGGUGUGUCUCUACACUCCAUACUAUGUAUUUCCUGAGGUCUGGUGUGCAUCUUUUACUCUUCGAUUAAUCUUUGCGCAUUUGAUGUUUUGUAUUGAUAUGAUUUGACAUCUUUGAAUUGGCUAUGCAAUUGGCAUAAUUAAUACAUAUUUACCUGACUGAUAAUAAAAUGUUAUAUUUGACUUA